GACCCCAUCACCACCACCAAACCACUAAACUGCCAACAGAUUCUCUCUUUCUCUCUCUCCUCACCAACACAGAAAGCAGAGAUGGAUGUCCACUAACACUAUAAAAUUCACUGCAACCUCCACUUUGCAAACCACCCCAGUUCACAAACAAGCUGAUUUCACUCAAACGCUCGAUUAAUCCAAGUUUCUUGAAAUUUUGUUCUUCGGAGCGAUAGUGAUGGCUGAAGUGGAAGCGGAAGAGCGAAGACUACUAGUGGCCGUCGACGAGAGCGAGGAGAGCAUGCACGCCUUGUCUUGGUGUCUCAAGAAUAUAAUUUCUGACAAAUUCAGAGACACCCUUUUGCUCCUCUAUGUGAAGCCUCCUCGAGCUGCGUCCACAGCUCUCGAUGGCACAGGUAAAAGAUGUUAUGCAGAAGCUUACAUGUUUUCAUCUGAAGUGAUGCUUGCCAUCGAGAGGUACAGCAAUGAAGUGGCCGAUUGUGUGAUGGAGAAAGCCAAGAGAUUGUGCAGUGAGCUUGCUGAUGGUCAGGUUAAGGUGGAGACAAGAGUAGAAAAUGGUGAUGCAAGGGAUGUGAUCUGCCAGAUGACAGACAAAUUGGGGGCUGAUCUGCUGGUGAUGGGAAGCCAUGGCUAUGGCCUGAUUAAGAGGGCUUUUCUGGGGAGUGUGAGCAAUCACUGUGCACAGAAUGCCAAGUGUCCUGUGAUGAUAGUGAAGAAGCCCAAGUCCACUUCCACCGCCACUAACUAAACCCAAGUGGCUCUUUGCUCUGUUUAGGCUUUUCUCUUGUGAAACUUCUCUGUCUCUCUUGAGUUGUGUGACCUUCUACUGUUGCCUAAAUCGGUCAGGUUCAGGCCAACCAAUAUAUAUGUAAAUGCUGUUUUCUCAUUCACGUUUCCUGUGAGAUUGA